GGAGAAUGGUUGCCUGGGCGACGGCGACGCGUGCGCGUGCCGUCACGUUCGGUUGCCUGGUGACCAGUCGCCAGCGCUGAGGUCGUCGAUGGUAGCAAUGUCGAAACAAGGGAAAAACAAGGGGCACAAGGCAAACCUGCCUCUCGCACACCUGUACCAGAAAGACGCCACUGCAUUUGUCAUCAGUUGUGGAGGUACAGGGGCAAUUCCUGAACCCAGAAAAGGCAGAUAUCCUCUCUGGCCUGAAUGGAGUGAGGCAGAUAUAAAUUCUGAAAGAUGGGAUGCGGGUAAAGGAAAAGAAAAGGAUAAAAGUGCCAAGAGCCCUAGUCUACAUCUCUUCGAUGACCCAGAAGGGAAGAUUGAAAUGCCACUAUCUUUAAUGGUUCACACAUGGAAACGUCCUCAUGAAUUUAUUUCAGACCGGAUGCCGGUUGUAGUUGAAAACGAGCUUUGGUUUGAUUUGAUGCCUGAUAGCCAACGUGCAGUGGACAGUGAGUUGAUGCGAUGGAUUAUUGCUGACAUCACUUCACUUUGGAAGAUCAGCAACAAUUCUUUACCUGAAAAAAACAUCACAUCUGAUUCAUCAUUGUCAUGGAAGCCAUGGGAACACAUAUAUUCUCUUUGUAAGGCUGCGAAAGGACAUAUGCCUCAGUACAACAACUACGGCAAAUAUGUAGUAAAGCUUUUCUGGAUGGGCUGUUGGCGUAAGAUCAUAGUGGAUGACACUAUGCCAUUUGAUCAAGAUGACAACCUGCUACUUCCAGCUACAACAAUAACAUCAGAGCUCUGGCCAAUGUUGUUAUCAAAGGCUCUUGUAAAGAUUGCAAGUAUUGACAUGAAUGCAAAUGGAAAUAAAGAAUUGGGGGACUUCACAGUUAUUCAUGCUCUUGCUGGUUGGAAUCCUGAAAUCAUUCCUAUCAACAAAAAUUAUGCAGAUAAAAUUUGGACCCUUUUGAUGCAAUUAGUACCUGAGUUUAAAUUGACACCUGAUGACCUGUCCGAAAUUAAACUUAAUGAAAUCGAUUCAUUGGUAAAAGAUGUAAAGGAAGUUGAAGUGAAGAGUGAAAGCCCUGUCAUAAACAAAAUUACCGAUAAAGUCGUCAAAGGCACAGAAAAACAAGAAGCAAAGGAUUCUGGGAAGAAAAAAAACAAGGAAGUAGAAAAAGAUAAAAAUAAAUCAACAGUUCAUUCUGGACGAGCAGCGCCAAUUGCUCAAGGUUCUAUUUCGGAAAGUCCUGCCAUCCCAGCAUUCCCUCAGAUGGUGGUUUGUGCCAGUUACUCACAAAUAGAACUCCAACAUGCUUUCCUUCAAAAAAUGGGAGAAUCCUCAGAGAUGCUACGAUGCUAUGGAUUUUCCAGUCUAUAUAGCCAUUCUGUUAUGAUUUCAAGAACAAGAUCCUGUCCCCUUAAACCUCCACAAAAGCCUCCUACCAUUCCUCGAUGGAAGCUUAUUCGACCAAGAAACCACACUCUUCCAUCAGCAGAGCCAAGAGAGUUCAUAAUAAAGAAACCUGACCAAUUUGUUGAAAUUGCAAGUCCAUUCAUUCAUGAAUUGCCAGAAAUAUCAAAUCUACAUUUAAAUAUUAAAAAAGCACAUUCCAACGUGGGCAUCCUGCUAACUCUUAUUGAGAGUUCAGAACAGCUUGACGUUCUUGAGAAUGACACUGACUCACCAUUUCCAGAGCCUCUUAAGGAAACAGAACCCGUGAAAGUAAAUAGUAAAUAUCCAAUUCUAUUCUCCAAGACUAAAAUUGAACAAUAUAAGGAAAAAAGGUUGGAAACCAUCAAAUCGUCUAGUCAGAUUUCUGCCUCUCCUUUGGAAAAUAAAAGUCGAAAGGAUAGCAUUGCUGAAACAAUUAAAGAAAUUACACUGGAACCCAUUAGAUCACAAAGCCAGAAUGCAAAUACUUUUUUUGAUAGUAGACGGCCCAGUAGUAUUGAUACAAACAAGGAAAUAGGGCUAGACGGCAUACCAUCAAAUUCUCAAGUUGCAAGUCCAUCUCCCUUCCUUAGUAGAAUUCAGUGGAAUGCUGCUUUGGAUUUAAAGGACGAAAGUGCAAAUUUACGGUACAAAGGAGAAGUUUCAAUUCGAGGUAGCAACACCAGUUUGCUUAGUGAUGGAAGACUUUUGGCACAACCAUUGCUGAGUAUGUUGCCUGGUUCUGAUUUGAAUAUGACAAUAGAAAAAAAGCCUAUUGGGAAGGAAACCUGGAUUGAUUAUGACGACUUUUGCAAAUGUUUCCAGACAUUGGUGAUUUUCCAUAAACCCAAUUCGUACCCAUUUACAGCUCAAAGGUCAGAUAUGAAGCCCAUUGAUGAACGAGGAACUUACUACCUAUUUGUUGACAACCUGAAACCCACUGAAAUUUUGGUUACCUUCUCUGCAUUAGUACGCUGGGGAGAUAUUAACUGUGAGAGACUUCCCAGCAAAGAUAAAGUUGAAAGAAGAGAUUAUCAGAAGGAAUCUUCAAAUCUUCUGUCUGGCCUCCUUCUGGCUGAGCCUUACUCCUGGACAAGUCUUAUUACAAAUGCACCAAUUUUGCACAUGCGCACCUAUGCUACAAAAUCAGUUAUGUUAAUGCUGCCUGAAGGACGCCAUGUGCUUCGCUUUAUACCUAGUUCUCCCUUGGGACAUCAUAUCCAAUUAUGUUCCACUGUAUCAUUUACCUUUGGUGAGGAGGAAACAAUUCUGUCAAAUCUUAGCAAGGAGAGCCUUCGAUUUGUUCAGCAGGCACAGGAGAUCAUGAAAGCACUUGGGAAUGUUUUAAAUUCCUGUGGUGAUGAACAGGAACUAGCCAAAGCCGAAAUGGAACUGAUGAAAGCUCAUGUUCCUCCCAAUAUUGGAAAGGGACAAAUGUUGGCAGAGCACAUGCAGAACUUCCAAAAUGCUUUUUAUGCUACCUUGGCCCUUGCUCUUCGUGAUUCUUACACUUCUCAAGAUUUGUUUGCUAUUAGAGUUAUUACACAAGAUUUCAGAGUAAGAAAUAUUUUUUCAGAAACCCUGAAUUACUUUGGAGAAAUUUAUGAUGUGCCACAAAUGUGGAAAGGCAGGAGACCAACUGCUACAGAAAAUAACGCUGCUAUAACAAUACAAGCCCAAUGUCGAGGCUUUUUUGUCCGAAGACUCCUAGCUGCAAGAGUUCCAGGAACAAAGGAUAAUGAAAUUCUCAAAGAAUGCACACAAAGAGUUUGGCUCACACUGGAACCAAAUGCUGAUCAACAUGGAUUUAUUUUACUCAGACACAUAUUUAAAGCAAAUCCAAAAAUUGCAGCACAGUAUCAAUGUGCUGGCGAUGAAUGGACGAAGGCAGUAUAUACUGAUUAUGUAACAACCUACGCUGAUCAAUUUGCCAACUCCUGGUUUGUGCCAUUCAGAGAGGUGUUUUAUGCCUCUGAGGAUGUGCUGGUGGUGCCCAAAGUAUAUUGUUCAAUACCAAUCUGUGCUCUCCAUGUUAUCAAUAAUGACACAGGAAAGGAAUUUUCCAAAGUGUUUCAAAAGACAACACCCUUUAUAUGCACUAAAAAUAAGAAGGGCUAUACAUUCGUGGCUGAAGCCCGCACACUAAAUAUGCCGCUUUUGAGUGGUAAAUGGAAAUUGCGCCUUAUUGGUUGUCAGACUCCUCUCCCUACUCCUGCAAGAGAUGUGAAUGGUAACUUUUCAGUGAGGGAAAUUAAGGACUACUAUGUAACAAAUAAAAAAUGCAUUAUCUUCAGGUACCAAGUAAAAGUGAUGGCCAAUCACAUGGUGACAAUUCAGACACAGACCUCCAAGCCCGAAGUAUAUAUUAAGCUGCUCAUCUUUAAUAAAGGGCAACAAGUAGCUGCAGCAACUGGGAAAGGACAAGCUAUCAUUCCUGCAUUCAAAUUUUGUAAAAAUACAAAACUUUCCAUUUCUCACUCUUCCUCAAGUAAGAAUCAGCAUGUUCUCAAUCCUACACCAGUAACUAAGAGAACAAGAACUAAUUCAGCGGCAAAUCUAAGGAUUGGAAGAACUUCACCUAGGACCGUAAUUGGACAAACGUCAAAAGUAUCAGUGGAAGAGGAUUCUCCACUUGUAGCACCAGAGAGGGAAUUAUCACCUGAGGAAGAGGGGCACAAAUACAUCAUUCAAGGAGAAGUUCUUAACAAUAGCUGGACCUUAACUAAAAACGAAAUGGCUUUUAUUGAAGAAUUGCAAAACUUGGACAAGAAUGAAAUCAAAGUUUUUGGACAAAAGUUUGAGGAACAGCCUUCUGCAAUAAUUAUGGAUGUGCGUCCAAGCUUUGAAAGCAGAGUUUCCAAAAAAUCAAAAGGAGGAAAAGAGAAAGUCAUAUCAAGACCAGAGUCUCGGGUGAAUCAGCUUGAUUUUAAUAAGCCCCACUACAUAAUGCAUAUCGUCAGCGACCAGAAUGAAGCUGACAUGAUUGAAAUUAAGAAAGACAGCGAAAGGGUGGAUGAAAUCCGUGCUAUGAAACAAGCUUGGGAGGAUACGGAACCAGGAAGGGCUCUCAAAGCCAUGCAGUCCCGUUUGAAAUACAUAAAAAAAUCCUCAUUACAAGAAUCUGAUAAUAUUGAGUCGAUCGGUGAGGAACCUGUUGAGGAGGCCGCAGAAGAGGCCGCUGAGGACCUUGCUGAGGAAACCACUGAGGAAUUUGAUGAAGCUGAUCAGGAAAUUGAAGAAACGAAGGAUUUGCCUGAAACAGAUGUACCAACGCCUUUAAGGCCAUUGACAUCUCCAACAAUUCAAGUUACUACUACAUCAGAAGUGAAUAAGCAGUAUGAAGAACAAAUUGAGAGGACUUCAGCUCCAAGUGGAAAAAGUGAUAGUGAAGCAGCUCAAAAUGAAGAGAUAGGCAUUAAGAAUCUGGAUCAGCUUGAUAACAUUCAUCAGUUCCGCAAAAUACGAGAAGCAAUGUUGGAACGGAGAGAGAGAGAACAAAAUGCUCGCGUGAAGCUCCAGUUAAAGCAAUUGGAGACCUAUGAGAAUUUGCAGGUCAAGUUAGACGAAGCUCGAGAAGCCAUUUUUAAAAAGAGAGAAGCAUACCGAAGUAAACUUAUUGAAGCGGAAACAAAAAAGCAACAGGAAAUCGCAGCACAAGAAGCGGCUCUUUAUUCAGAACAAGAGAAGAAAAGUCCAACAUCAAAAAAGAAAUCUUCCAAUGAAUCAAAGAACACAGGAAAGAAAAAGAAAAAAUAAUGUGCAUUAUAUAGGAUUUAAAUUGCAUCUAUCUAGUUUAAUUUGAAUUAGUAAAAUAAUUAUUUACUUGAAAAUUACUGUUUAUUUCAAUUUAAACCUUGGCUAAUUUUAGCUGAUCUACAGGGUAUAUCAAGAUGGCGUAUCCUUUUGGCUGCUGAAGUCCGGAUGCCCCAUUUGAGAAAUGUGCGCGGACUACAUAAGCAACAUUUUUGUGGUUCCCUUCCAGAAACGUCCUCCCGACGUGAAAAGCGCUAUAUUCAAAU